AUGGCGGCAGAUAUAGUUUCUGCAAUCAAGGAUGGCUCCUUUCCAGACUCGGAGGAAAUAUUAUCAUCCGACAUCAAAACAAGUGCCAUCCCUCCACUGUUGGAACAAAUUCGACUGGCAAAGGACGACUUGCGCAAGAGUGUAAGCGCAAUCAGCAAGGAUCAGGCUGAAGAUGUGAACGGUUGGAUCUCACAGGCAAAGAAGGUACAGCAGGAUAUCGUGCGAUGUAAGGAAGACUACCGCUAUAUUGUGCAGGAGUAUGCUCGUAUCGAGGCUUUACGCUCGGCCAGACAAGACGCACGCUCCAAAGUUAGCCUGCUUCAGGAUGAGAUAUCUUUCAACGAAACUCUGGAACAACAAGUUGUUCUCAUCGCGAACACGUCGGCCAGCUUGAACAAGGCCGAUGCUGAUAUUCGUCAAGCACAACUCACUCAAGCCGCAAAAGCUCUCCCUGAUAUAGAAACUACUAUACAGUCCAUUCAAAGCGAUCAGGCUCGGCCUUUACUAUCACAGACUCACAGAGAUUUGGUCCAGCAUCUCGCCCAGGAGCUCCAAUCUGUCUUCUACUCGCUCUGUAGCAUCAACCGAACCACAGAUGCUGUCGAUCUUGCAAUCUAUCCCCAUCUCGAGCAUGAUCAAAACGUUUCUUCUUUCUCACUGGCUGAUAUCUUGAUUGCUCUGGAGUCGAUUGGUGCAUUUGACGACAUUCGACACCAGUUCACAAAGCGGUUAGACUCCCUUCUGCUACCACACUUCUUCCGGCACUCUCGCUCACAUAUUACUGGAACAACAACUACCGGUCAUGCUCUUCGUCUGUUCUUGUCCCCUACUGUCCCUUCAGCGCUCGAUCAGGUCAACACAAUCAAGGAUCUACUGCAUUUCGUUCACGAAAAUACACCUGCCAAACUGCAAACAUCGCUCGUUAGCCAUAUUGCGGCUCAAAUCAUACCUCGACUUAUCGUCCACUGGCUAGAUGUCUCAAUUCCUUUAGCAUUAGACGAGUUAAAGGACAUACAGUUGCUCCAAAACACUGUCCAAGACUUUGCUACAUGGCUCCGAGGUGUUGGUGUUGCCGAAGCUGAUAAACUUGACGCCUGGGUUAGUGAUAUACUCAAAACAUGGCUUAACAAGAGGCGUGCCACAUCACUUGACACUGUUCGAAAGUCCCUCAAAAUAGCUACCGGCAGUACACGCCAGGUUCAACGAUUGGAGAGGCAGACCGUUGUCGUAGAGUCAUCGAAACCUGAUAUUGCUCCGUCAGUUGAUGACAACUGGGCGGAGGAUUGGGACGAGGCUGAUUCUCAGAAGCCUGGCGACGUUGUGAAGCAUCCAGAGGUCACUGAGGAGGAUGGCUCAGAUGCCUGGGGGUUCGACGCUGAUGACCAUGAAAGCGAUGCGCAGGCGUCCACCAAUUCGAAGUCCGAAGCAGACGAUAAUGAUGCUGAUGCUUGGGGGUGGGGAGACGAUGAAAGCGUCGCUAACAAUACCUUGCCAAACAGAGACACACCACAUAAUCUCAAUGGCAAACUCGACACACAACCCAAGGAGCAGGAUAUAACUCUUACCGAAGAGUACAUUAUCACCGACAUUCCAGACUACAUCCUUGAACAAAUUGGAAAAGACAUGGCCGACUCGCACACUUUACAAACAUUCCCUCAAUCGUACUUCAACACCUCUACAUCGCCUGCAGCAGGUAUGCAGACACUGCCCAGCCUUGUUCUCGCCAUGUUUCGAGCCACAGCUACAGACCGCUACACCACCUCAACCACCCUCUCCCGCAUGAACCUCUACAACGACACCCUAUACCUCGCCCAAAAGCUCUCCGAACACGCGCACAACUCCCCCUCUUCCCUCCAAGCCGAUAUCGACAUCCUCUCCAAAUUCGCCCGUCAAACCUACACAGCCGAACUAACCACCCAACGCACCAUCCUCCACGACCUCCUCGACAACGCCCAAGGCUUCAUCUCCUGCACGGUAGAUCCCUACCUCACACAAUGCGAAACAGCCAUCUCCAGCACAACAGACUAUCUCCGCACCUUGCACGCUCAAUGGUCACGAGUCCUAUCCCCCAGCCACCUCGCACAAAGCAUCGGCAACCUCGUCAGCAGCAUCAUGUCCAAGAUGAUCAAGGACAUCGAAGACAUGGAAGACAUCCAGGAAUCCGAGUCGAGAAAACUGUUGCAGUUCAUGCAGCAGGUCAGUAAGCUCGAGGAUCUGUUUUUGGCGCCCCAUCCUACCACUGUAAUGCAGAGUCAGCAAGAAGAAAAGGGAGAGCAGCCAUCUAUCUCGACCAUCGCUCUCCAUGCUCCAUCCUACCUCCGCUUCCAGUAUCUCGAGCAGAUCCUCGAUGGUUCGCUGGUCGAUAUCAAAUACCUCUGGACGGAUGCGGGACUCAGUCUCGAGUUCAGUGCGGAGGAAGUGGUUGAUUUGAUCGAGGCGCUUUUUGCGGAGAGCACGCAUAGACGGUCUGCUAUACAAGUCAUCAAGUCGUCUAGUGGUGGUGCUCGACGACAUAAAAAUGGAUAA